AUGGGGGGCUUGUCCACCAUCAACAGACAGCUUGCCAUUCACUUGGCCAAACACUCUGAGGUGGACGUUACUAUCCUUGUCCCACAGUUUGCCUGUUUUGAAGACGAGAGGAGAAAGGCAUCAAGUCACAAUGUUUCCAUCCAGGAAGCUAAGAAACUGGUUGGCUUUAGUGAUCCUCUUGAUUGGUUGAGUUUCCCACCAAGAGACCUUGACAUUGACUUUGUGCUGGGUCAUGGUGCAAAGCUUGGUAAGCAAGCCCAAGUUAUCAGAAAUUCUCACAAUUGUAAGUGGAUUCAGGUGGUGCACACUGCACCCGAAGAACUUGCAAUGCACAAAAACUAUCCCAAGGCUAUUUCCAAAGGUGAAGAGAAGAAUUUAACUGAAGUGGAGUUAUGCAAGUUGGCAGAUGCUGUACUAGCAGUUGGACCAAAGCUAGCAGACGCUUUCUCCACUCAGCUCCGCUCAUGCAAGAGUCAGGAAGACAUCCUUCAACUGACUCCUGGAACUUUCUGUGAGUUCUAUGACGUAAAACAAGCAAAAAAGGAGAGUAACAAGUUUAAGGUACUGACGUUCGGCCGUGGUGAUCCUGAGGACUUUAGUCUUAAAGGGCACGAUAUCUCUGCCAGAGCAAUAUCUGAACUAAAAGACAGGUCUUACAGUCUCAUAUUCGUGGGUGCACCUGACGGUAAACAGGAUGAGGUUGCAGCAAAUUUGCUGAAGAGUGGAAUCGAUAAAAGCCAGCUGACCGUGAGGAAGUUCGUGCAAAGCAAAGGGAGAUUGAAAGAAUUAUUUUGUGAAGUUGAUCUCUGCAUCAUGCCCUCCAGAACGGAGGGUUUUGGUUUGACGGCGUUAGAAGCGUUGUCUGCUGGUCUUUCCAUUCUUGUCAGCGGCAACUCAGGAUUAGGUGAAGCACUGUGCACUGUACCAUCAGGCAAAUCAUUCGUGGUGGAGUCUGAGGACCCUGGGGAGUGGGCAAAGGCAAUUGCUGGUAUCCGACAGAUGGAAAGUUCAGUUCGACUUCAAUCUAUUCAACAACUGAGGAUUUCCUAUGAAGAGAAGUUUAGCUGGGAGAAACAGUGUGACAAUCUUGUGGAGAAGAUGUGGGACAUAGUUCGUGGUGAGAAUGUUUUGAAUAUCCUUCAAAAAGUGUUUUAGGGCUACUUGGCUUACUCGGUCUCUCAUUAACUGUGAUGGAAAGCAUGAAUAUCUCAAAAAAAAAUGUUGAACAUGAAUAAUAAUCAGUUGAGUUAUCCUCUUAUGUUAUCCUCUUGUUGAUUGCUGUGAUAUUAAACAAAAGUUCCUUUCUAUCUUUUUAGAUUCUAAAAGACAAGACACAAGGUUCAAAACUCAACUGGUUGAAGUUGAUUCAUUACUGACCCUACGUGAGUGAUAAAAUAUUAAUAACACAUGAUAAUUGACAUCCUUAAGGAGCUUCAACAGUUCCUUACCUUAACUUUCGACUUCAGGCCAGUUAGGCUUCGUGAAAACUUCGUGAGGUACUUAUGAUUAUGUUCCUUACGAAUUAGACAUGUUGUUAUUUAUACCCCUGCACUCUUCAGUCAUAGACGUAAGACGUGUAGGAACAAAUUUGAUUUUCUUCCACUUUCUGAUCCGGACAGAUGGUGUAGUGUUAUUUAUUUCUUUUAGCAAUUUGAAAUUCAUCCCCUUUUUAAUUGGAAACUACCACAAAUUGCCUGAAAAGGGUUUACUUGGGGCAUUCUUUUGCUUUUUCUCAAAACGAAAACAAAGUUUAAAUGCUGUCCCCUAUCAAAACCGGUCUAUGCUCAUUUCACAAUACUGUUGCCUUUCGACACAACAUUGGAGUAAUUGCAUAUUCAUACGAUAGAGGAAAUACAUCAGAUCAUUUUUCGAAGCCCGUCAUUUUUUGCUAGGACUCCUUUUUUCCAGUUACUCAGAUAUGUCGGAGUGUAGACUUCGCCGUUAAUUAUUCUUCUCUGCUUCUUCUCUCUUGAUUAUUAGUGUAUUCAUUCACGGGCAGAUAUCGAACGUAAAAUGUUACUUAAUGACUGCUAGAACAUCCUUUUUAAGGCUGAUUUGUUGGACAAAAAAGCGGAAGUCCGGUGGUUUAAGCCCUUCUUUUCCUUUUUACCUCAAAGUUUCUCUUAGUAGUUGGAGGAUUGCUUUUUUAUAGCAAACGAUUGUGUCGCAGUUAGAUUUAUAAAAACCUUGUCUUUUAUAGGUUCUCUCGACCAAAUCAUCCAGAAACUUCAGCAGAUGCAACUCGAUGCAAGCAAAGUCAAGAGCAGAACAGAUCUAUCACUGUGGCUGAGGAAUAUUGCAUCAGUCAGGGGUUUCAGAAUAUCUGACAAUGAAGGAUUAGGAAAUUGCAUGUUCUAUGCCUUAUCCGAACAACUGGAAAUUGUUAUGGGAAUCAAAAUCCCACAUGGCGAAUUAAGACAAAUCUUGGUGCAGUACCUUAGGAGUAACCCAAAACUUGUAAGUCCAUGUAUGUAUUUCUAACAGAGUAUGUCACGUGAUGUUAUUUUAAGAGUAUUAUAAAUAUUUAGUGAUAAAACAGGUCACAUGGCUAACACUACCUGAACCUAUACCAGUGUUCACGACGUUAAGUGACCAGAAUUACUGUUACUCCUCCUGUACGGAAUGAGUAUUAUCCAUGUCGUUUUUCAGGAGCUCUGAUAUCAGCUUGUACUCCUGGUGGAAAAGGGAACUUGGGAGAUUUAACUUCAUUAUUAAAGAAGCCACACAAUGAUGUUGAUUACCAUUAAAUUCAUAUUACUUAAUGUGUGUCCGAAGAAGUACGCUAUCAUGGUUUUUAGUCAUUUGAAUAUUUCAGUUUAAAUAAAGUUCCCUUUAAACCUUCAUCAGAUAACAGAAUUCUAGUCACUCUCUUAAUGAUGGAUCUUUCUUGUUGUUUUCCUGCUGUUUGUAAAGUCUUUGGAAUAUACACGGAGGUUUUGAAAGACGUUUCAAACCCAAAAUUUGUUACUAUACAGUUAAUUGCUAAUUAACGGUCGUCUCGUACCAUUCUGACAAAAUUACUCCCUGACUCGUACUCCACGCGCUCAAGUUCCUAUUAAAGUUUCCUUCUUUAACUGAUCUUUAUUACAGCCGGAUGGAACAGAUCUGUUUCACUUUGUCCAUGGGCAUCAAACAUGGACUGAAUACCUAGAAUGCAUGGAACAAGAUGGCGUUUGGGGUGAUCACGUGAUUCUGUGUGCUGCAGCAAACUACUUUCAAACGUGCAUUCGUGUGGUCAGCAGUCUAUCUCUUAGCAAUGAUGUAAUCAUUACGCCACAUUGUCCAUUUGACGAAAGCAAACCUUUUGUGUUGGGACAUAUUCAUGAGGUGCACUAUGUUAGCCUUCAACCCGUGCAAGGUACAGCUCAUUACAUUACUUCAAUUGAAUGUAAUUUUUGUUUUAUAGUGAUAUUUGUUAGUUAGGAUCCUCAAUAUGUGGGAUGAAUGGGAUUGCAAGGAAUCUGAGGCUACCUCUCGGAUUGGAUAGUUUUCUGACUACACUCAUACAUAUUUGGCCGUGGAGGGUUAUUGUCUAAAUUUAGUUCUAUUUUCGUUAGGGACAUAACGAAUCUAACUUCCUUGACCGUUAGAUGUGACCUGCAUAUUGUUGGAUAAACUAAUACAAUCCUUCCACCAUUCAUAAUUUAUUGUAGAGUAUUCCAUUCUACAUGGAAAAAUCGCUGAAUGAGGGUCGUCUCAGUGAAAAGGGGCAGGAUAAGGUGUAUGUGGUUAUUUUACAUUUCCCGAGUAAAAAACUGUGAACGAAACCUCCCACUUCAUCUCAGGGGACCUCAGGUUUUCUCCAACGUUUUUCUUUUUCUCAUGAUUAAAAGAGGUGAAAAAGAGGGCGGAAAGGCGUUCUUUUGUUUUCAUUAAUUAGUUCUUACAGUGUCUUUCUUUACCUACAAAGCCCCAGUUGGAGAAAACAAGGAUGAAGGUCAGUUGAAAAUGGUGGCUGCCUUGUUUAGUCGGGAAUCGCUAGAGCACUCCUGGAUAUGGCCUUCUUGAGAUCAUAUCAAUGCCUGUGUACAAGGUGCUGCUGUUCCCUUACGUGAAUACAUACCCCUGCUUGUAGGAUUUUAAAUAAAAAGUAAAAAGAGAAGUUGAAGUAUGAGUUAAAAUCAGACCACAACCCUUAUUCCCAAAUGCAAGCGAAAUAAGUUAAUUUUUUAGAUCGAUCCUACACAUGUACAGAAGAAACUUGGAGUUAUCUCAGAGGACAUUCACGGAAAUUAUGCGGAAGGUUACGAGAACGCAUAUUAGCUCUUUCACCGACAUGAGUAGAAAUGUGAUUUCUAUUGGGAUUAGAGGUUGGGCUACUGGGCUCGGUCAUCUUUUCGAUGCAUUGAAUAAUUGCAAGUUUGUAGGCUUUAAAGGGAUAAUCGCACGCCAUUGAUAAUACUCAUUUCUUCCCAUUACCUAAUCUAUCUAAUGUGUUAAAAGAGGAAUACGCUGUUUGCAUUAAAAAUAGAGCUCAAUUGAUUGGUUGAUUAUUUGGUGUUGUUUGUUUACAUGUUACCUAUUUCUUAUUUUUUUGAUUCACUUUCAAUUCGAUCUUGAUUGUUUAGAUUUAUUAAUGUGCGUUUCUCGAUUGUCCCAUUUACAGUUCCUCCAGAGAUUCGUGCUCGCGGUCCUCAAGCUUUAGAAGCCUACAACAAUGCACUGGCGGAAGGCCAAGCUUGUGUCAAGAGAGUGCCUCUAAUGAUGGUUGGGCAAGAUCGAUCUGGUAAAACCAGCGUGAAGAAUUCCUUGAAAGGGAUUUGCUUCAACCCUGAUGAAGAUAGCACCCGGGGAAUUGAGGUCGAUCGCUAUGAUUUCAAAGUAACCACCGAAAUAUGGAAGACAGGAGAAAAGGACGAGGAGGCCAACAUUGAUGCCACAGUUAUUUCAUAUGAGUAUAAUACAGCACGGUGGAUGGCAGGUAAAUUGAAAACGCAUGAAAAAAUUGCUGAAGUCAAAAAAACAAGCUCAGCCGAGCCAGCUGGCUAUGAUUUUGAGGAAAUUGACAGCACAAAGGAAAGGGAACCCUAUGAGACUUUAAGUGACGCGACCUUCCUAGAAUCAUUCAUAAAUCCAGUAUCAACCAAUGCCACCGACCUUGAACAUAAUUUAUCUACGAAAGAAGUACGAAACCCUACAGAAUUAGAACCAGGAAAAGAUUCGCUUACCACAACGCUGGAAAAAUUGCCGGAUUUCGACGAUGUUGCAAAGGUACUUUCGCAGUUCUUUCGAGAGAACCGGGAAGAUGAUCAAGAGGACGUCUAUUCCAUACUGUGGGACUUUGCUGGACAGUCGGUGUAUUACGUGACGCACCCCCUCUUUCUCACGAGAAGAGCAAUCUACUUUUUGGUCUAUGACUUGAGUAGAAAUCCAAGCGUCAAAGCCACACCAUUGAAGAAGCAAGGAGUGUACAAAGCGUUCAUUGCGGAUGAAUACAAUCUGAAAACGAAUUUCGAUUACUUGGACUUCUGGAUGAGUUCUUUAGCUUCCUUAGUGAGUGAUUGGCCGUUGGCGUCCUUGAAGAAAUUUCCCGCCGUUUUCCUGGUUUGUACACAUGCUGAUCAGCCCUAUUGCGAUCGUAAUCCAUUUGAACUAGCCCAUGAAAUAUUUGGUGACUUAAAGAGCAAGCCAUAUGGUGCCCACUUGUUUGACGUGUUUUGUGUUGAUAACACUAAGUCAGGCACUGAAUCCGAAUGUAAAGAAAUUAUGCGCUUACGAGCAAAGGUACAUGUCGUUUCUAAAGAGUUACCACAUGUAAUCGAGCCUAUUCCGAUCAAGUGGUUGAAAUACGAAAAGGCCCUUCGCGCCCUUAAGGAAAGUGAUCACAAGUUCAUCUCUCUCUCGAGAGCGAAAGAAAUCGCUGCCAAGUUUUGUAACAUUAACGAUCACGAGGUACAGACAGUGCUAACCUUUUUGCACGAUCUGCGAGUUUUGAUUCACUUUGACGACUCUCCAGAAUUGAAUGAGUUGGUUUUCUUGGAUAUUCAGUGGUUGAUUGACGUAUUCAAGAAUGUCAUAACUGUCAGGGCCUAUGACGUAGAGAGAGACUUUGCUCCUCUUUGGGAAGACCUCGAGAAAAAAGGAAUCUUGAAAGAAAGCCUCCUCAAACAUGUUUGGAACUCUUUGGUUCCUCAGAGAGAAACUCACGAAAGUCUUAUUGCGAUUAUGGAAAAAUUCAGCUUGAUGUGUCCUUGGCCAUCAUCAGAUGACUUGUGCAACAAACAUUACUUGGUGCCAUCGAUGUUGCGACCGUUUCCAUCAGAGAAGAUUAGUAAUCUAGUAGAUUCUGCCCAACUCCCCUCUCUUUUCCUCAAAUUUGAUACAGGUCGGGUACCGCCUGGCUUAUUUCCGCGACUUGUGCUGGAAUUUUUUCAGUGGUGUAGAAAGGAAUUUCCCGACGUACGUCUGCCCAAACCUUAUCGCAAUUUUGCCAGAUUCAACAUCUUUCCGAAUCAAGGUCUCUCCCUGGUUCUCCUUUGCCACUCUUCCACAAUUGAGGUCGUUGUCCUCAGUGUAAAAAGUGCUAUUGAUGUGGUCGAUGUGGAAUCAAUUCGAGCUUUUCGUAACCAGCUAACCUCGAUCAUUGAUCGGGUGCGGAAAAAAUUCUUCUGGGUGAAGAACGUUGGAUGCAAAGUGAGUUUUCUUUGUCCUGUUUGUUCCUAUGGACGCGUGGUCAGCUUGUGCCCGCAACAUCACGGAGAAAGUUGUAAGCAAGAGGAAUGCCUUCACUUCAUUUCAGAGUCAGAUUUAGGCGACGAAAAGCAGGCCGUGUGUACCAAUUCUGAUGCCGUUUUGGAUAACAGAAUUCAUGCCGAACAGUUUGCUCCUUGGAUUUCUUCUGGUAAGGAAAAGGUAGGGAAAAUGUUUUUCUCCUGGUAUGAAUUAGUAACAUAAUCGAUUAGCAGGUACGUUUGGGAAGCAAGAUUGUUGCUUUCCUUCGUUGUCAAAUUCUCAACAAUUCUAGACACGAGCAAAGAAAGAGCUGAUCGCGUAUGUUAAUGCAUCUGUAAUAUUUUACAACCACAGAGAGAAUUGUCGAAUCGUACGUGAUUACAGCGUUCUUUCUUCCUAAAACAUUUAUUUCAAAACAAAUUAGAUUGCCAAAACCAUCAAGAGAUGCCAAAUAUCCUCCUUAGCAUUACAUGUUUGAUAAUUUUACAUGAUUACAUUAUAAUAGUUUAAAUGGCGAAUAGCAAAUAUUGGCUGCUUUUACGUGUGAACGCAAUGUGAUUAAGACUUAAAAUUUUUUGAAUAAUUGAAAGUGUUUCUCGAAGCCCUUUUGUCUUUAGCGCCGAGGAGAUUUGCCAAAGUCUCUUUUUGAAGGUCAUUUGAUGUCAGGUCACAUUAAGACUGCCUUUUUCACGGAGUUACACACUCCACUCAGAUGCACCACCGGCUAAUUGGGCAAUAAUUCGUUUUCAUACGAAUGAAAACGGCUUAAUUUACCCAUAAGAGCCCAUGUUGGCUACCUUUUUUUUCUUAAUUUUUUUUUUUAUCAACAGGAGUUGGCGACCCGUCAACGUGGAGAGGGGCCUAGACUUGGGAAAGGUUAGCCACCACUUUGAUCUCUCACCACACACUUCGUGUCAGUCGAUUUGUUUUAGCGAUGAGAGACGUAUCUUUCCACGGUUAUUCUGUAGUUUCUUAUUUUAAGCUUACCAUAAACGAUUCCUAUCGUCCAAUUAAUUUUUUUCUUCCCAGGUGUCUCAGAUGGGUAUCAUAGGAAAUCGCUCGUGUUGCCAAGCGAAGCUGUAGCAACACUUCAGUUACAACGUCCAAGUGUAGGCGGUGAAGGUGACAUGUUGCUAGUUCCUUCUGCACAAGGUCAGUUAUUGUUCAUUUUUCGUAUUUUAUCGUUUCACUUUAAUUACAAGGGGCUUGAAUGCAUCCUUUUCUAACCUAGCAGGGAACCCAGGAUAUUGUCAAGUCCAGUCUCUCGUAGCUGAACAGUUUGAAGGAGAAUUUAAGCAACUUAAGGAUGCUGUUAAUGAGAGCAAAGGGACAGUUGUUCCUGUUUCAAAGGGUUGGUUGGCUGUAAAUUGUUUAGUAUGAUAUGGUUGUUUUUUCCUAAGUUUUGUAUGAAGAAAAAUGGUCUGUUUCGCCUGUCGUUAUGGCCUAUCUUUAAGGGUAUUCUUAAUGGACUUUUGUCAUCGAAAUAAUUGUAAACAUGUUUUCUUUACAUUUCCUCAUAAAUAAUGAGUAAUCAGAAGUAAAUUCGCACAUUUUAGGGUAUGGAGAAAGAUCUCUGGCGCUACCUCACGAUGUUUCCCAGACUCUCAAGUCCAAAUCAGUCCCUGCAAGAGAUAUUGUCUGUAAACUGCUGAAUCUCUCAUCGCUGGAAGCUCCAGCUCCUGACGAUAGAAAAUGGAUCCGUUGUCUUAUGAGGGAUGCUAAGUACUAUGAUAGAACUGAUGUGGUUAAUUUCUUGAGAGAAAAUGCACCAGCGGGCACAACAGGUAAAAUUGGUUCAUUAUUGCCAGAGCUCGUCACUGAAUUCUGUGCUGUAGAGCAAUUAGGAUAAAUAUUGUUACUACUUUUCUUAAAUGAGAUGCCAAUUCAUUACGGGUAUCCCCCCCCCCCCCUCCUCAACUUGGAUAUGGUUCCCUCGGCAGUUCGCUGGUACCAAUUAAUACUUAGGCGAAGGGGGGUAUCUCAUAGGGAGAAAAUUGUCCUUCUCAACAUAACAAGCUGACCACUCGAUCCAGAUUACAGAGCAUGGACCCUUAACACACCGUAUUUCUCACAUUAUAUUUAACCUCGCCUAGAUAAGGACGAUGUCAGAUUUAUCUUCCUUUCGCUGCCCCUUUUGUUCAUGAUCACUUCUGUCGUUAAUGAGAUUUGAAAACAAACAUUUGACGAUACUAAAGUAUUUUCGUUUCCUUUCCUUUUCAUAACGGUUAGAACAAAAUCUUAGGCAACUCUUAAAUAAUCGUUGAUCUGUUACACUGAUAUAGAAUCCUCCUAUUCUACCACUUUCAAACUGAGAUCUGUUAAGGUAUACUUUCUGUAAUACAAACAAUGCCGGGUCGUUUGAUAUAGUUUUCCAAAAUGUUCGCGUUUCGACCGUUUCAAUUCUAAAAAUUAAUUGUUAGAAUUGAUUGAAUGUAGAAGACUUUAUAAUUCCUUUUUACUUCUAGGCCCUCGGCUCGAAGAAAGCCUCAGUGUUAUGAAAAUUCCAUGGAGACGGAGAACUGACUUAGCUGUUCGUUUGUGUGGUGAGUUGGAGAGCAGUUUUUUAAUUUAUUUAUUUUGCACUUUUUUUGUGUAAGUCGCUUGUACCACGGGCAAUUGCUGUAACGUAUAGACAUAACGUAAUCUGUGGGUUCUUCUCAGCUUCCUAUCAUUACCAGUUGAAGAAAAUAUUGUUAUUAACUACUAUGAUUAGAAGUAUUUGGGAACUACUAAAAUUAGGAAUGUUCUGACUUAAUGUUUGAGGAAUUUUUAGGCCUGUUACAUUAUCUUGAAAUCGUUAUGCUGGUCUUGUGAGCCUUGGUUUGUUAUGAGCUACAAGCUUUUAUGGGUUUGUCCUUGACCUUUCUGAAGAGUCCUCAACAGGAAACUUCCAUAACUUUUAGCAAACCUGUCAUACGUUAUUUCGUUCUAACAAAGGGACUUAUUCAAGACUCAGGGCCAAAAAAACUCGCCUUUGCUGUCUCGUUAGCGUCAAAAUCUGGCUUCAACUCAUUCUUAAAACCGGAGAAAAGUUUGAAGUUGCAUGACUUUUAUUUUGGUUCAUAUUUUCCUCUCUAUCAUAUCGAAAUUACAAGUAGCAAGUUUGUUUGAGGACUUUAUUGGCAAUACACAAGUUUUAUUUCAUUCCUUUGCACUAAUAAUGAUUGUUUUAUUUGAAGCACUCUUACCUUUCCUCUGAAAAGCUUCAAAUGUUAUUUCCGCUGUAGGAUACUUAUACAUUGAAAUACUUCUUAAGUUAUGAAAACAAAUAAAGAUUUUGUUCUUUUGUAUAUGGGUACUACACUUAUAUAUAUAUAUAUAUAUAUAUAUAUAUAUAUAUAUUUAUAAUUUAUCUUCCUUUUCAGGAGGCGAAGAGUGGAAGAUCGUUGCUGACCGACUGGGUUUUGAAGAUGCAUACAUUCGUUGUUUUGACAAUCGUUUUAAAAACCCUGUUGAGCUUAUUCUAAACCUCUCUGGCUUAAAUGUGGGGGAACUCUACGACGUGUUAGUAGAAUGUGAGUUCCCCUUACUCGCGGAUUUGUUGUAG